AUGAAAGGAACAAGAGCACUGAUCCCAUGUCGUCGGUUGAUCAGCUCACGAUCACGGCAAACACUCGUCCCACGAUCCGUUACAUACUUCAGCACCUUGGCCAUGCGACUUCCAACUCCACAUUGGUCAACAACAGCAAUACGAUCGACCUGGGCCACACCUGUCACUGUCAAACGGUUGACAAGCACGGCUGCUUCACUCCAUUGUCCUGGGUGUGGUGCACCAUUCCAAUCGAGCGACUCUUCCAAGCCUGGCUUUUACGUUGAACGUGAGAAGAAACCUGUCAAGGAAAAGAAAAGGAGCAACAAGACAUUGGACGAGCAACAGUAUCACGCUGCUAUUGAGAACUUGGAUCCCGAGACGCGUGCGCUUUUACUACAACAAGAAGAACCAUCAGCUGAAGAGAGUGACGCAUUGAAUGAUGAAGUUGUUGAAAAGGUGGAUGAUAUGGAUGACAAAAAGGCGACACGACGUAUCAUUUGUGAGCGAUGUUAUCAGUUGGAGCAUCGUGGCAACAGCAAUACCUCGGCCCAAUUUUUACGUGCCAGCAAACAGUAUAGUUCUCUUGAGUUCCUCAAGACAAAGCGUAAUCCAUUGAUCGUGGUGGUGGUGGAUGUGACGGAUUUACCUUUCUCUUUGGCACAACUACCGACGAAUCCAAGUGCGCGAUUCAUUGUGGCAGCCAACAAGUUCGAUUUGUUGCCAGGUAGCGUCCGCCGUCAUGAGCAACGUUUACGAGAUUGGAUUGUGCAACAUGCCAAACAACAGGGGAUCAGCACAUCUCAAAUUCAACACGUGCAGUUGGUCAGUGCUACAAAAGGAUGGGGUAUUCAAGGUUUAUUACGACGUAUUGACGAGGAGCGUAUGCCUACGGAUGAUGUAUAUCUUGUGGGUGCAACCAAUGUCGGCAAAUCAGCCUUGGUCAAUCAAAUCGUUUCGCAACAACGCACUGGAAGCGACAAACGUCAAUAUCGUAUCACUAGUUCACCUGCACCAGGCACCACAAUGGGCACCAUUCGUAUACCUCUUCAUGCACUUGGGAUGAGCAGCAAUAAUGACAACUCUCCACACGGCUUUCAACGCGAUCGUUUCCUUGUCGAUACACCUGGCAUAAUCAAUGACCAGCAGCUGAUACAUUUGAUGCCGUUUGCGGAUCAAAAGAAGUUUUUACGACAACAUGAGCUCAAGCCUCUCACGUUUCGAUUGCUUCCAGGCAAAUCAUUGGUGCUUAAGCCUUUCAUUCGCAUUGACCUGCUUGAAUCUACCGAUCCAGUAUUGUUGACGCUCUUCACACAUCUCAACCCACACAUCACAAAGACUGCCAAGCUGGAUGAAAAGUUGCAAGCAGCCAAAGAUUCUUCAGAACAAGCCUCCUUGUCCUUACUCGAUCCCAAACUAUUGCAGCUCAAUACUCUACAACCAAUACCGAAAUUGCUCAAGGUACAAGGAUUCCACAAAUCACGUGCAUCUAUGGACUUGGCAUUUGCAAGUAUGGGAUGGGCAGCUGUUACUGGAUUAUUCGACGAGGCCAAAUUCAGGAUAUGGUUACCUAGCCAAGUUGAUCCCUACAAGGCAUUCAGUGUACGAGAACCACCCAUGUUGCCAUUCGAGUAUCGUGGUGUACUUCGCAAGUUUUUCGGAUCCGGUGAACGUGCUCGUAAAUAG